CGCCUUCAUUCCGCACCAUCACCAUAUAUCAAAAACGACUAUAUUCGCAGAUAAAACAUCUUGUCAUGAGCGACGCGUACCAGACAGGAAACUACCCUCCUCCAGGAGACUCAACUUCGUCAGGCGGAUAUGGCUCUGCAGACACCUUCUCCGACUCGACGCAAAGAGGUCGACAAGACCUGGUGAACAACAAAUCCGAGACUGGCCUAGUCGACCAGUCACUGAACGGCGGGCCCAUUGGUCAGGAGAUCGACGACGCAAAGCAGGGUCAGGACGAGUCGUCUCGACGCGAAUUCAAACACGAAGCCGAGAGAGACUUUGACCGGAAGAACGGCGCUGCGGGUCUGAACCCGUACGGCCAGAAUCCGGAUAGCAGGAGCGAGGCGGGCGAGAUGCUUGCGUCGAGGUAUGCGGACUCGAGGGGGAAGCAUUUCGAGAGCGGGGCCGCUGGGGGAAAUGAUGCAGACGUCGGCGCGUAGCUUUGGGACUUUGGCGCGACGAGAACGGACGACGCGCGAUGGUGAUUGCAUAGCAAAACUUUGUACAGUAUAAGGUUGCGAUGUUCGACGUGUUAAGAAACAUUUGAAGACAUGCACACAGAAGCCUGACAUGAGUAAGUUACUAUGUAAGUUAUGAUGUGCGGAGACCUGCCUAAUGCGGGCAAGGCGGGGGU